AUGGCUAGCAUGGCCUUCUCCCCCACCUAUUUCCUGUGCCCUUUAGCGGACCCCGUUCCUGCGGCUCCUGAAGGUCCUUUGGCCCUGGGCAGCGUUCUAAAGAGCCCGAACGUCCCUUUAAGCCCCCUAAACAGAGAUGCGGCCUUGACGCCGCCUAAAGUCGUCUCCACGGUAGAAACCGACUGGCAGAAAUCUGUCUCCGACAGUACAUCUAUGAGCUUUGGGAUUUUUGCUAGCUUUAUGGAACUAGUACUUGGGGCUGGAGCGGACGUGAGCGUGGAUCAUUCGCGAGCAAACCACAGCAACUUUGCCUUCGAUAAGUUGACUACUUUGUCCUUUGAACCCACGCUGGAGUACAUUAAGGAGGCUCUCCAGGCUGCUGGUGUGCGGCAGUAUCGCGAUUCGAGAGGCCUAGCUCGCUGCAAGUCGCUUUACAUCGUCACAGGGCUGAAGCUGGCUUCGGGGGCAGCUAUCCGCUACGUGUCCCAACACGGACCAGGCAUUGCUGCGCAGGUGGGGGUUGAUGGUUCGGCAGCCGGAGUCCCUAUUUCUGUUGGUCCAACCGGUCACUGGGCCCGAGAACGAACUCAGGAGACAAGCUUUUACCGUGGGGACGAGUUUAUCUUUGCCUACAGGCUGCAUAAAAUUUCGUUCUUCCUGCAGCCCGAUCCGGCCACCAACCUGUACAUCAAGGGCGCAUUUUUAGACGCGGAGCAAUCUGGGAUUAGUGAAACGCAAGAUAUAGUGCAAUUUAUGCUGGAAGAUAUUGAUGGAGCUAGUCUCCCAGGGUCUGCCCUUGUUUCAGCUAGUAUCAACGGUCCGCUGGUGUAUGUAGUUCGGCCUGCGGUUUGA